CGGUAAUGAACUACUUUGUGGCUCAGAAAACUCACGAGAACGAGGAAGACGGGGCUCUUGGAUGGAGUAAACAUGGCGGUCAACCUCUGCCUGCCACACUUUAAAACCACUGCUUACUGCAAUAAGCUAUGUGCAGAUGGCUGCGAUGUUUCUAAUCUUCUCUCUGGGGACCCAGCAGCUUUGCGGCGAGGUUGCAGGCUGGAGUACUUCCUCCGUCCUCCACUACAUGUGACCCUGCGUUUCCAAGUGAAGGUUGAGUUAUACCGUGUGGAUGUUCAACUUUUGCCCUGUGGUAAUGCCUCUAGGAGGCUUGAGAUUCUUACCUGCUCUGAGGUAAAACCUGCAAAAACCUCAGAAAAUGAUCAGGAAAGAGAACAGUUUAAGCUUGUGGGACGUUGUGAGUUGAGUGAGGAAGUGCUCAUAUGUUUUAAGCAUCCAAAUUUUAAACUCCGAGCUCCCUUCUCUGAGCGCCCACCUGACCCUCCAGCCCAUGCUAAGCAGCAGAAGCUCUGGAGCCAGGGAUUUCAGGCACUUAAUUCAGUAGCUCAACUUCGUAUCACUGUCCCCUAUGGUGGGGCUUCUUCAGCACUGGGAAUCAAGUCCUUGGUGGUGUGGGGUGUUCCUGCUCACUGCUGUUCUCUUUCAGAACUGGAACAAUUUCAGAAAGCUCAUUUUGAUAGCUUGCAACCAAAGCUUUCUAGUCUUUCAAUUCUAUCACCAGUUUCUACUUCAGUCAGAUCUCCUAGGCCAGAUAAUGCUUUCUCAGAAACAACUAUACCUGAGGAGUUUCUGGACCCCCUGACUCAGGAGCUUAUGGUUCUACCCAUGAUCUUGCCCAGCGGGAUGGUUGUGGACAAUAGCACCUUGGAGGAAUACCAGAAACAGGAAGCUGCUUGGGGACGGAUGCCAAAUGACCCCUUCACUGGUGUUCCUUUUACGAAAGAUUCAAAACCACUUCCUAACCCUCUCCUUAAGAGUCGCAUUGACACCCUGCUGCUACAGACUGGUCACAAAGGAAUCAGAAGCAAGAAUGGUCUACUGAACAAACCACGACCUUCCAGACUCGUCUGUGCAUCAGUGUCUCCAACUGACUUGCUUGGUGUUCAAAGAUCACAAGCUGAGACACAGACCCAGAAGGUUCACUCAGUGAGUACUGAGUGCACAAAGAUGCUACAAAAACAUACUGUCAGUGAAGAAAAAAAUCAUAGUAGACUAAUUAAUAGUCAGUCCAGAUGUUUUGAAGAUAGACAAGGGAUUAUACUGGGGUCUUCUUCUGGAACCUGCAGAAGAGAGAACUUAGGACAGUCAAAUAAAAGAAAAUAUCAGUCAAGCUUUUCUACAAAUCGUGAACAUUUGUUCCACACUUUCUUGUCUCCCUUGAUAAAAAUGCCAAGAACAGAUGCAGGCAUCACUCUCCCCACAGAAACAAACUCUCAUGAAGAGCGUCUGUCACAGAGUUUAGACCAAGCAUUAAGUUCUGCUCUGCAUGGUUUACCAACAUAUACCUCACAAAACAGCCUGCAGCCAGACACCACCGGAGGUCAGGACAGAUGUGCGUCAUGCUCUUGUUCCUUGACUUUUUACUCUUCAAGCCCCGUGGCUUACUCUCUUCCCUGUGGGCACCUGCUGUGCCGCCAAUGUCUGCAGCAUGAACAUACUUUAAGGUCGCAGAGACUGCCAAUUACAUGCCCUACAUGUAAAGCAUGUGCCUCAGCCAGCAAAAUCAUAAGGGUGCACCAUUAAACAUAAUUUAGUGCUGAUGAUAAAACUCUCUGGUGAUGUGUCUGUCAAGUACGUUCUCACAGACAUAAUAUGCUAUUCCCUACAGUAGCAAUAAAAUGAAAGUUACUGAAUGCAUAAUUUUUUUCCCUGUUUAUGGUCUGUAAUAAAUUUUCAAGGCAAA